UUUUCGGUGGCGAAUGGCUGCGGCUCGGACGACGGCCACGGACGCGAUGAAUUUGUCGGCUACUGACCACGACGGUGCGACCGGCAACUGGUCGUCGUCGUCGUCGUCGUCACCAUUCCCGGAGUGGAACGGUGCCAGCAACUGGUCCGUAUUUUUUUGUCCCGUGUUCGAGGACGAUGGGACGGACGAUGACGACUACAACCUGCUGUUCGAGUUCAUCACAUACGGCGUGCUGCUCAACGUGAUCGGGGUGUUCGGCAUACUGGGCAACGUGAUAUCAAUGGUGAUCCUGUCCCGGCCGCAGAUGAAGUCGUCCAUCAACUACUUGCUGAUCGGCCUGGCCCGGUGUGACACGGUGCUGAUCAUCACGUCCAUGUUGCUGUUCGGGUUGCCCGUCAUCUACCCGGCCACCGGCCACCUGUUCAACUACUACUUCAAAGUGUACCCACUGAUCGCGCCCGUCGUCUACCCCAUAGCGAUGGUAUCGCAGACCGUGUCCGUGUACCUGACGCUCACCGUCACCCUGGAACGGUUCGUGGCCGUCUGCCAUCCGCUCCGCGCCCGGUCACUGUGCACGUACGGCCGGGCCCGGGCCUACGUGGUGGCCACCAUCGCAUUCGCCGUCCUCUACAACGUCACCCGGUUCAUGGAGGUGCGCGUCCAGAAGUGCAUGCACACCGGUUACAACCAGUUCGUAUACCAGGUAUACCCCACCGACCUGCGCAACAACCGCGACUACAUAUCCAUCUACAUACACUGGAUGUACCUGCUCAUCAUGUACUUCAUACCGUUCGGGUCGCUAGCAGUKCUCAACGCCGCCAUAUACCGUCAGGUGAGAAGGGCCAACAGAGAGCGACAGCGGCUGUCACGUCUGCAGAAGAAGGAGAUCGGGCUGGCCACAAUGCUGCUGUGYGUGGUGGUCGUGUUCCUCCAGUGCAACGUGUGGGCGCUCAUAGCGAACGUGGUGGAGGCGUUCUACGGCAUCACCGUCGACCAUCUGGUCAAAGUUAGCAACCUUCUGGUGACGAUCAACUCGUCUGUCAACUUCGUCAUCUACGUGAUAUUCGGUGAGAAGUUCAAACGGCUGUUCUUCAAGCUGUUCUUCCCGCGGGGCGUGUGGAUGUGCGGUUGGCACUAUGCCACCGACGGCCGGGGAGGUCCUAGCGGCGCUGGAGGCGGUGGCCACGUGGCUAUGGACGACAGUGAAGCCACAUGCAAUGGGGCAACGGCGUUUGAGUGCAGGCAACUGGCCACCACCGCRGUGUGUGGUUCUCUGUCGUCCGCGGACCACUACAAGCGGUCUCAUCGUAGCCGCCACCAUCACCAAAACCACCAUCACCAUCAUCACAGCCAUCAUCACCACAAUCGGGACGGUGACCGCGUGGAUCACCAACACGGAACGGUGACUAAUGGCGGUAAUAGAUAUGGUAACGGUGGUAACUCUACAUCCGACGACCGGGAGCUCAGCUCGAAGACGCCAACCAACAGUGGUCUGAUGUGGGAACACUCGACCACUACCACUACGACCACCGUAAACGUACACCAGAUCUGAGCGUUGUUAGACUGACUAAGUGUGUUUUAACUUUGUCACAAAAGUGUGAGUGUGUGUGUGUGUGUGUUUUUUUUAACAAAUGUAUUAUCAUGUUAUCAACCAAUACUUACAUUCGAUCGGGUGAGGGGAGUAGGAGGAUGAACUGCAGGAUAUUGAUGAUAAUGAGGAAGAGCGUUGGACGAGUAUGAUAUGGAACUUGGAUGUAUGAAAUAUGUCAUAUUAGACGCAGACGGUUGGACGGGUGCAUAAUACCAAUAUCUGAAAUUUAAAAAAAAUAUGCUUCUUGAAACGUUUAAAAUUAAAUAAGAAAAAAAAUGGUCAAAUAUCUCGUAUUGAAUAUUGUUUAAUACGAGAUCGGUUGUGCCUACCAUAUCUCGAUAGUCGAUGACACGAAAUAUUGGCAACGGAUGAUUAGAUAUUAUAUAAUAUUUCACGAGGAUAGUUAUUUUUUCUUACCCAACUUCGUGGUUCACUGAACGUCAUCUAUUAUAUGCCAGCAUCCUCCGGACGAUCACCCGCUAUUGUGGAAACAUGAGAGACAACACAUGGUACACAAGUGAAUAGUAUCUACCACUAAGGCUGGACAAUUUGACUAAUUUGUUUUUUUUUUUUUAAUUCAUGGAUUUAAGUUUAAGAAAGUUAAUAGUUACAUAUUUUCUUCUUGGUAUAACUUUAAAUUUAAAUGAAAAUAAGUAACUUGGUGAAUUCGUUAAAAUAAUUUAUAUUUUAUCUGAAUAUUUACAAUCCACUUUAAAGCUCAAAAAGUAAAUUUCAUAAAAUUAUACACACUAUACAAUUAAAUACAUAAUAAUAAUAGAUAAGUACAUAAUAUAAGAAUAAUUACAGAUUACUAAAGAAAGGGAUGAUAGACUUUACUAAUUAGAUUUUCUUGCAUUGUUUAGGUUUAGAUUUUGAGAAGUCAUGGAAUCAAAUUAGGUAUCUUAAAAUUCCAACUAAGUUCCCUGGUUGUUUUAUUGUACUGACAUAUUUUUUCCCAUAAUAUUCUAAAACUUAAUCUAUAUGUUAAGACUACUAUAUCUCAGGAUGGGGUUACGAAAUUCGUAUUUUCAUAUAAAUAUAUAUUAUGUUAAUUAGAAACAAUAGUUUAUACAAAACAAAAUUAAUUUUAAUUAUACAGAGUUAUAUUAUUCGGAAAUAAUAUUAAUUUAACUUGAUUUUACAAUCAAUCAACUAAUGUUUAAACUGCAUAUCUUGGAACACAUUUUUACUCCAUUCUAACCUAAUUGCUUAAUCCAAUGUAACUUUACUUUGAUUUUUUAUUUCGUUCAUGUCCAACCUCCAACCUCGCAUACUGUGCAUAUAAAUCGGAUACGAUACACAUGCAUGUCAUAUACAAUUUAUAGUUAUGUUUAAUUUAAUAUUAUGGUUUCGAAAUGUGAAUGGAUGCUAUCUAAUAUACUAUAGGUAUCAAGAAAGUAUGUAAAGGUGUGUGCAAGUUGAAAUUCGUUUGUUCAAUAUAAAACGUCUAUAUGCAAGCAAAUCGUGUAUCACAUACUGCACCGAUUAAACAAUAUAAUAAAACAGUCAAUCGUUCUGUAUUUUUUUCCAUAUAACCAGUGUUAAUGUCAUAAGUAGGUAAGCGAUAUGUUUUAGAUUCUGAGCGGAGUGAGGGAUGUUUGGUAUUUGGUUUCACAAUGCUGUUUAUUCCUUUUCCUUAUUCUGUAAACACUUUUUCUCCCUCUAAACUUGCUCAAAAGUAUCGAGUGUAUCAUCUUUUUUGAAAGACAAUGCUCUUGAGCUGGUACUUUUGAUACGUCAUUUUUCGAUUUUCGAAACUAUAUUCGAAAU